AUGGCAAAAGUUAAUCUUAACCCUUUGCUCAACCUUUACGGGGAACAAAAAGUUGAAAGCCAAGCUGACAGUGAAGAGCAGUACCACUACGUUUUUGUCUUUCAAAACAUUUUUUCAACUGAAGAAACUGUCAAAGGUACAAUUAAUUACCAGAUCCCUGUCGAGCGAUGUAAAACCAUUUACAAUACAUCGUUCAAAAUCAGUGGAGAGGAAAAUCCAAACGAAGACCAAAGGAUCACAACGCUCAAGAGGGAAUGGAAAAAUUUCACACGAGACAUUGCAGGGGAUACUGUUGAAUUUAGAAAAUUCCUAAAGCUCAUGAUGGAACGUAUUUUGCAUAUCCUCACAAAUGACCUGAAGCUUGAAGUCAAACUUUAUUAUUCAAGGGACAAAGAUGAAAUUUUCUGCAAGAUGAAAGCAUCGGAGUAUAACUUAAGAGUUCAGGCUGAUUUAAUGAACUACUACCUCCAGCUCUCAAGGCAGGGAGAACCAAAAGCAGGAUUUCAAUACGUCUAUCCCUAUUCAGGCUUUGAAAAAGACGACGAAGAAUUAGGAGCAAGCAACCCUUUGCAGCUUAUCGCAAGCUUUGCUAACUCCCAACUCCUGAGCAAACAAAACUAUUGGAAAAAUCCCUAGUUUUAGCCGAAAAAACCACUUCGUGAGUAAGCAAAAUUUUUGACAUAUAAAUGAUAAUUAUAAUGAUAUCUCUAGCUAAUUCUUAAUAAAUUGCUUUAUAAAACAUAAAUUUUAUAAAUUAAAUUAACUAAAUAUCCGUAAGCGCCCUCAGAGGAGGGGAGUAAGAAAGAAAAGAAUUGAAGACAAUUUCAAAAAAUACACCCCUCUCCAGAAAAAAGCAAAGGAUGAAAACCUAGGCACUUCUUUAUUCCUCUAUAAAGACAAGGUCAGAAUUGUUUUCGAAAUGAUUGAAAGUGUGAUUGACGUUGGAGAAUUAGUCGAAAACACUUUACUUGCAGGUCAUUUUUGCUUGCAUGAACAAGCCAAGCUUCAGUUUCUCAAAGAUAACUGGGGAGGCUUCGGUAAAUUCUAUAAGCCACAGCCAUUCAAGCAAAUACGUUCAUAUUUUGGUGAAAAAAUCUCUAUGUACUUCGCAUGGCUUCAAUAUUAUAUCAUUUGGCUCUUGAUCCCAGCAAUUGCAGGCAUUGGAUUAUUCAUAAUCCAAAAUAACUCUGAACAAGACGCAGAAUCAAGUGACAUGUCUCUUCCUGAUAUUGCCCAGCUUGUAUUUGGGCUGCUUUUAGCAAUUGGCUCAAGCUUAUUUGACCAGUUAUGGCACAGAAGACAAGGCGAACUUUCUUGGAUGUGGGGUACAGUAAAUUUAUUGGUCGUCGAACAACAAAGAACAGGCUUUAAAGGAGAAUACGGCACAGACCCAGUUGACGGCAGAAAGAAAAAAAUAAGCCAAAGCAAAAGCUAUGAAAAAUUCAAGCGCUUUAUUGGGUACUCAGUUUCGAUUCUUUUCGUAGGAAUUGUUGUGGUUACUGUCAUUGGCAUUUUUAUGCUGAGAGCAGCAGGCACAUUCAGCCCAGGUGUUUGUGCAACUUUAAAUGGUCUGCAAAUCAAAGUUAUGAACUUCAUAUAUAGACGAGUUGCAGUGAAACUGACAUCAUGGGAAAAUUAUGAAUAUGAAUCAAAAUAUAUGGAUUCACUUACCCUUAAAUUAUACCUUUUCCAGUUUAUCAACUCUUAUCUUUCAUUAUUUUACAUUGCAUUUUUCAAGCGCCAUUAUGAAGGGUGCAAAAAUGACGACUGUCUGGCAGAAGUUGAGACUCAGAUUGUUUAUAUGUUUAUCAUUAAUGUUAGCAUGAAUGGGCUUGAGCUUGGGCUACCUUUACUUAGGAACUGGCUUAAAAAACGAAAGGAGAAUAAAGAAGCGGAAUUUAAAUUUAAGGCUUAAGGUGCUACAGAUUUGAUACCUCCGCGAGCUUUCGACAACCGGAGCCUUGAGUGCCAGGGGUAGCAUCAGAUGCAUGAGCCCCAUCAACAGUAGUCUUCUCCCAGUACUAAGGGUUUGAACUAUGCCUCUGAGCUUAGACAGGCUAGGGAGACCCCUCUGUAUUAAAACGUAUUACCGGUGCUAUGGAGGUAAAGGUCAGCCGAUGCCUCCUGUCGGCCACCUUUAGGAAUAGUGACACCCAGGAAAAAAAAGCCAUUGCUCUCUGGCAGGAAAGAGCCCGUAGCCCAAAAAUCACCCGGAUAGCUAAUACCUAGACUGGAACGACCACCAGCUAUCUCCAAAGGUCACUCACCCUAUACAGCUGCCAUACAGCAAGCUCGGGGUUAGGCUAAAAGGACCUUAACCUUGUUUUAGGCUUUAAAACAUUUGGCGCCCAAAAUCGUCGGCAAUGACAUAUCUCGCCAUCACCACCAUAUUAAUUAUAUAAGCGGAAAGGCUAAAACAAGAAGGAGAAAGUGUAAGAGCUGAAAGGACUGCUGCAGAAGAAGAAAAUCAGUUAGACCCUUACGAAACCCCUCUUGAUGAUUAUAUGGAAAUUGUGAUUAAUUAUGGGUAUUUUUAUUUACACUAAAUACAAGCUUCCAUUUAUAAUAAAAAUAAAUUAUUUUUUAAUCAUAAAACUGCAUACGUGAUCAUGUUUUCAGCUGCUUUCCCACUCCUUCCUUUAGUAGCCCUCUUUAUGAAUCUUCUCGAAAUCAGAGUCGACGCCUACAAGCUUACCCACCUCUGCAAGAGAUGUUACCCAGAUCCAGCUAAUUCAAUUGGAGAAUGGGAAAUUAUCGUUAGAUUUAUUUCUUUCUUAGGCGCCCUCACCAACACUGGCAUCAUUAUUUUUACAGCUGAUAUCUUCUAUAUUGGCGACGACAUUGCUGUACAAUGGACUUAUUUCUUAUUAAUUGAGCAUAUCCUGCUAGUUAUCAAGGCCUUUAUUGACAGCAAAAUCCCUGAUACGCCUUCAAGGGUCAAGAAUGGGAUCACAUGGGGCGAAAGAGUAGCCAACGAAAGACUGUUUGGACUCGCCUCAGAUGAAGAUAAACAAAAACAGCUGAGAGGGCUUUACUUCACUGAAGAGCCAGGUUUUACUAAAGUUCCUUAUGACGCUUCUAAUAUCAAAGACGAUAAUUAUUAA